AGCUAUCUGAUGGUAUUAAUGGUCUAAGCAGACAAUGUUGAAACGGGUUGACACGAAAAACCUUAGAAAGCACCUGAGGAUAUAAUAUGUUAAUAAUUCUUCUCUUAUUAUACAGUAUGUUAGAAGGAUCCCACACAUUGCGAAACAGGGGACGACAUAGAAACACAGAAGAAAGAGAUUCAGCGCUAAACCAGAGACAACAGGCGGGGAAACAGAGGGGGGCCUCCUUCAUGGAUGAACUCCUCAACGAGGGUCCCACCCCAACCAGUGAAACCCUUUUCAGUACCCCGUCGGUGACACACGAGCGUAACGCAGGGAAAUGUACCGACAACAGCUGCAAGAUGGGCGAGUGUCGACAAGUAGCAGAUGGCAUUAGAAUGUGCAUCUGCAUGCGAGGAUAUGUUGGUCACCGUUGCUCCGAACUAAUGGUCAACCUUGCCGACUACGUAGAGGCACACCCCGAAACAAAGAGAAAGAUAAAGAUAAUCGCGGAGAAAGAAGGUCAGAGUGGAGCCGCCCGUGUCACGUCAGCCAUCAAUCAGAGAAUGUACCAUUGGUCCAAAAAACAGAUGAAGAAAGACGAAUUUGCCAAAAAGAGGGCCAAGAAAAGGCAGCGAGCAAACUCAGAAAAGGUGAAAAAUCACCAAAUCGUUCACAGCGCCUUCCAAAUAGCCUUCAGAGAUCAAAGCCAGGACGACAACUCCAACUCAGUGGUUCUUAGUAAGAAAGAACAGAAGCAAAGGGCCCGAGCGGCUGAAAGAAGAGGUCGAGGCCGAUCUAGGCGAGAUCUUACCUCUCAUAAAAUUGUCCACCAUCCAAUGGCCCAUCCAAUGGCCCACCAACCAUCAGAGCCAUCAGAAGAUACAUCCCACUUGGUUCUGUGUAUCGAGGACUGCCAGACGGUGCUAUCUUACAGUGCCAUGUUGUGUCCGGACAAUAAGCUGGCCGUGGAGCUCAGGAUAGAAGAAAGUGACUGGCAUCACGUUCCCGUGAACAGAGUCAAGUGCUGUAAGGCGAACGUUAGCGACACGUGCCAGGAACGCUCAAAACCCGUUCUUACAGUAUGAGAUGAGAUGCUCAUCAACUACUUACACCAAGUUUAGGAUUCUCUUCAGAUAGACUGCAAGUCGAACACAAGAAAAUAUUAUAAUUUUAUCUAGCCGCCCGAACGCCAGGCUCGCAUAGCUGAGCCAUUUGGAGCCUACAUGCGAGCCUCUAGGCUAGCACAAUUGUGGUACAAAGAAGACUGAGAAUUAUUUAUUUAAAGAGUAAAGAAUUGAGACUCAGACUGUAUAAACCUUAAUAAUGUUUUAAACUUAAUUUGGAGUUAUUAUCCUUAUUUUAGAUUAAUAUUAUUGUCUAGUCGACGUUCAAUGUAAAAUAAAAGUUUUGAUAUAUAGUCUUAAACAUAGUUAAGUUGGGACAAUUUUACGUUAGAACAGAUUAUUUUUUGAUGUAUAACCGUUUUGUCGUUUCGUUCGAUAACAAUCGAAAUGUUUAUACUGUUCAUAUCUGAUGAACUUGAUUAGAAUUCUAGGCAAAGCAUUUUAUAUGUGCUCAAACACCGUAAAAAAAGUUAUAUCCUUUUGUCUACGCUUCGAUGAUCUUAGUUGUAGAACAACUAGUAUAGGACUUUAGGCUCACUUGGCAUUAGUCUUAUUGAAUGUUAAACUGCCAACCGUUCUAGGAUUACUCUGACGUUUUCCAUGUUUUACUAUAGUUAUGUGAUUUUACCUAGAACACUCCUUUUUAAUGCCAUCCCGUGUUUUCUUUUACUGCCUUGCAUGCCCAUCUUGAGCUCUAACCAAUUUACCUUUAUUUUGCUAAAUUAUUAUUAGGUAAUUGGAAAUUUAUAUUUAACUUUCUUUCUUAAUAAGUUUCAUAAUCAAUUUUAGUUUUCUAUGCGCUUGGCAUGGCGGGACGAGAUUCUGAUUAUCGUACAGAUAUUUGUAAUUUGUCAUGGAACUUAGCAGUUCCUUAGUGGCAUUACCCGGGUCAGGGAUUUUAUAGUUAGUGCAUUUUCAAGAGAGAACUAAAAUGAAAUGAAUAAUAAUACUGUAAAUGUCUUGUUUUUAAUCUUCCUAAAAGCAACACUGCGAACUGUAUUUAUUACUGUAUUUGAAAUGUUAUUUGUAUUUCUAACCCGAGACCACA